ACCAGCUCUUUGCAACAUAAAACACCACUCAACCCUCAAUACCAUCACUCACACUCUAAACUCUUAUUAAGCAUUGUGCUAACAUUGUCUGUUUUCUCUUUAUCUUCUUUUUACCGAAACUCCUAACAUCAGCAGCAUGACAGAACCACGCCCUCAAGGAAAUCGAAGCGAGACUACCACAAAGUUUCCAGUAGAAACGAGAGACGGCGGAAUGUUUGAUUUCUUGGGAAAGAAGGAGGAAGGCAAGUCCCAAGAGGAUGCAGUCAUGAUCGAUACAACAGACGGAUCAGACCCCAUAGAGAAAAAGAAGCCAAAACUUAUGGAAGAGCUCCAUCGAUCUCAUAGCUACUCUAGCUCGUCUAGUGACGAGGAAGAUGGAGGAGGAGAGAAGAAGAAAAAGAAGAAAGGUCUAAAAGAGAAGAUCAAAGAAAAGAUGUCACGUGAAAAGGAAGAGGGGGCUAGUGAGCCUAAAGACAGUUCCCCGCCACUUAAGUGCAAUGACACUGGAAAUGCAGAAGGGACACAGGCGGAGGAGAAGAAAGGUUUUCUAGACAAGAUCAAAGAAAAACUUCCGGGACAGCACAAAAAAGCUGAAGAUGGCACUCCUGCGGCUCUGCAUGAGUGUAUUGCAGAUGAGACAAAGGAGAAGAAAGGAAUACUGGAGAAAAUUAAAGACAAACUACCUGGAUGCCAUAAGAAUGGUAAAGAAGAGUAGGAGGAGGAGAACUGAUGUGGGACUCAGUUAGGAAGUGUGCUAUUGUAAUCGCUAUGUAGCUUGCUUGUUAGGUUUUGUUCAUUUUCUUCUCGGCUUGUACAAGUGCUUCACCUGCUUGUGUGAAUUUGCUUUCAUGUAUUAUGUUUUUUUGCUUUUAGGUGUAUGCCGUUGGUAUGUUUUGGCAACAAAGCUUAUU